CCAUUUGAAGGCUGUUGUUCUCUUGCAAGGAAAGAAGUCAAAUUCAUCUCCAAUCAGAAUCAUGUCCGACGAAAACGCAAAACCCUCUGGUCUCGCCGCCAAGGUGGACAAGAAGCGCAAGAGGCAGGCAGAGGAUUCCAACUCCAAGCCGGAGCAGACCAAGUCGACUGGCAACAAUGCCUCGGAUGGGCCCAAUCAGAAGAAGAGAAAAAAUAACAAUAAGGGCAAAUUCGACAAGAAACGGGGUGGAAACAAGGGCAAGGAUAACAAAGACAAGCCAAAGCAGCCCAAAGAGCCCCAGGAGACCAAAGCAACCGAGGUCAAAGGCAGUAUCGAUGAAGCAAUCGGAAAGAUGGAUGGCCGGUUGUUGGCCGACCAUUUCGCUCAGAAGGCUCGCCGGCAUAACAAGGAAAUUACUGCUGUUGAGUUAAACGAUCUGUCUGUACCGGACUCCGCAUUCCUCGAUACCUCGUCCUUUGAAUCACCCCGCAACCUCGAGAACCUCCCCGCUUUCCUGAAAGCCUUCAGCCCCGAGAAGGGCGUGGGGCUUGACAAAUCCUCAGAGGCGAAGGGAACUCCUCAUACGCUGGUGAUUGCCGGUGCUGGUCUUCGGGCCGCCGAUGUCGUCCGAGCCCUGCGCUCAUUCCAGAAUAAAGAGUCCAUUGUUGGGAAGCUGUUUGCUAAGCACAUCAAAUUGGAAGAGGCUAAGCAAUUUCUGGAGCGUGCACGCAUGGGCAUCGGAGCCGGUACCCCAGCUCGCAUCUCCGAUUUGAUUGACUCAGGGUCCCUCAAACUCGGUGAAUUGGAGCGCAUUGUGAUCGACGGCUCCUACGUCGAUCAGAAGCAGCGUGGCAUCUUCGACAUGAAAGAGACGCACCUUCCCCUGCUGCAGCUGCUCACGCGGUCGGAGCUGAAGGACCGCUACGGUGCGGCGCAGAAGGGAAUCAAAAUUCUGGUCUUCUAGAUGAAGUGAUUGUACAUAUGCAAAAAGGGUGUUGGCGUUCGUCAGACGGUCUGAUUUCUUUUUAUUUGUAAUACAUAGCUUUGUGAUAAUCUGCUGGUCUGUAC